UGAGGGGGUAAAGGUCAACCCUGUUGAUGAGAAACAUGGCGGCUCCCAUUGACAGGAUGGGACUGCUCUUAUUGACCCUGUUGCCUGUGCUUUUUAGCAUCUCUGACGCUGUGGAUCGUAGUAACUUCAAAACAUGUGAACAAAGUGCCUUCUGCAAGCGUCAGAGAGAUGUGAAGCCUGGACAGUCUCCCUAUAGGGCCCUGCUGGAGACGUUGGAGCUCAGUGAUACACGCCUUACACUGCAGCUGAUCAACGACAACAACAAGGUGCGAUUACUGCUGGAGCUCUACAGACUGCAGGGGAACAUGACACGGGUCAAAAUUAAUGAGCUCAAACCGCUCAAGCCACGAUAUGAGGUGCCUGAUGUUCUUGUCAAAGACCCCCCUACUGAACCUCUCUCGGUGCUAAAUCGAGAUGAAAAUGGCGUGGUCCUCUCCCUCGGGGCGGACUCCCAGCGGCUCAUCAUCAGCGCCCGUCCCUUCCGUCUCGAUAUUGUGGACGGGCCGAACGUCCUGCUGUCCAUCAACUCCCGAGGCCUGCUGGUGUUUGAACACCUCCGCCUGCGCAAGGACACUAUCUCUCAUAAAAUAACUAGCACAGUCGGUAGCAUGUGGGAUAAGAUCAAGAACGUGUUCUCUAGUAAAAGUGAGACAGACACUGAACAGGAUGUGGAACAGAAUGUGGCUGAGAAGGGCGAGGGUGAGGAGGAGGUGAAGGAGGAGGAAGAUCAGCCAGGCAUGUGGGAAGAGACCUUCAAAUCUCACAGUGACAGCAAGCCCAAUGGCCCAACCUCAAUCAGUUUAGACUUCUCUUUUCCCGGAGUUGAACAUGUCUAUGGCAUUCCAGAACAUGCAGACACCCUCAAACUUAAAUCAACAGAAGGAGGGGACCCCUACCGGCUGUACAAUCUGGACGUGUUCCAGUACGAGCUCCACAACCCCAUGGCUCUGUAUGGCGCCGUACCCGUGCUCCUCUCGCACACCACAGACAGGACCAUGGGCGUCUUCUGGCUCAACGCCGCCGAGACCUGGGUGGACAUCAGUUCCAGUGCGUCCGUACAGGGUGGCAGUGAGAAGUCACAGACAGAUGUGCGUUGGAUCUCUGAGAGUGGCAUCAUUGACGUCUUUGUUAUGCUAGGACCCCGGCCCACUGACGUGUUCUCCCAGUACGCCUCCCUCACAGGUACUCAGUCUUUUCCCCCACUCGCUGCCUUGGCUUACCAUCAGUGCCGGUGGAACUACAAUGACCAGGAGGAUGUGAAGGCCGUGGACGAUGGCUUUGAUGAGCACGACAUUCCGUACGACUUCAUUUGGCUGGACAUUGAACACACAGAUGGCAAGCGCUACUUCACCUGGGACCCACUUAAGUUCUCUCAGCCUCGUGAAAUGCUUCAGAACCUGAAGGACAAAAAGAGAAAAAUGGUCACCAUUGUGGACCCUCACAUCAAAGUGGACAGCGGUUACAAGAUCCACAAAGAGAUCAGUUCAAAGGGUUUUUACAUUAAAAAUAAAGAUGGUGGUGACUAUGAGGGAUGGUGCUGGCCAGGGAAUGCCGGCUACCCAGACUUCACCAAACCUGAAAUGAGAGCCUGGUGGGCUAGUAUGUUUGCGUAUGACCAGUAUGAGGGCUCCAUGGAAAACCUCUACACAUGGAAUGACAUGAACGAGCCUUCCGUGUUCAACGGUCCUGAGGUCACUAUGCACAAGGAUGCGCUGCACGGGGCGUGGGAGCACAGGGAUGUCCACAACCUGUACGGCUUCUACGUGCAAAUGGCCACUGCCCAGGGUCUUAUCCAGAGGUCCGGCGGAGUGGAGAGGCCUUUUGUCCUGACCAGAGCUUUCUUCGCCGGAUCCCAACGUUAUGGUGCGGUGUGGACAGGGGAUAACGCGGCCGAGUGGGGCCACCUGAAGAUGUCCAUUCCCAUGUGUCUCAGCCUGGGCCUGGUGGGCAUCUCAUUCUGUGGAGCUGAUGUCGGCGGCUUCUUCAAGUCUCCCAACCCGGAGCUGCUGGUGCGCUGGUACCAGGCGGGCGCUUAUCAGCCCUUCUUCCGGGCUCACGCUCACCUGGACACCCCGCGGCGUGAGCCCUGGCUCUUCGGCCCGGAGAACACGGCGCUGAUCCGCGAGGCGGUGCGGCAGCGCUACACCCUGCUGCCCUACUGGUACCAGCUCUUCUACCACGCCCACCGCACCGGCCAGCCCGCCAUGAGACCUCUGUGGGUUGAGUACCCUGAAAAUGCUGCUACGUUUGCUAUUGAGGAUGAGUUCCUGCUGGGUAAAGACCUGCUUGUUCAUCCAGUCACUGAUGAAGGAUCACGUGGAGUAACAGCCCACUUGCCUGGGGAAGGAGAGGUUUGGUAUGAUGUCCAUACAUACAAGAAGCACCAGGGAAACCAAAAUCUUUACAUUCCUGUCACCAUGAACUCCAUUCCUGUCUUUCAGAGAGGCGGCUCCAUCAUCAGCAGGAAGGAGCGUGUCCGGAGGUCGUCCUUGUGUAUGCAAGAUGACCCGUACACUCUCUAUGUGGCUGUCAACGCACAGGGAACGGCAGAGGGAGAACUUUACAUUGACGAUGGCCACACCUUCAAUUACGAAAAGCAGCAGUUUAUUCACAGGCGUCUGACCUUUGCUGAAGGCGAAUUGUCAUCGAGCAACCUGUCUCCAGACUCUCAGUUCUCCACAGCCUCUUGGAUAGAGAAGGUGGUCUUCAUGGGAGUCACCAAACCUAAUGCUGCUACUCUCAGGACUGCUGGUGGCUUGGAGUCUGCUCUGGAGUUUGAGUUUGAACCGGCCACUGAGCUGCUCUCUCUGCGUAAGCCUGGUGUGAACGCAGGGGCCGACUGGACCAUUCAGCUACGGUAGCCCACGGCUGUGAGUGUGGACUCGCAUACGUCCUACGUCCUUCUCUGCUGUUAAAAAGCAGGGAAUGGUUAGCACUUACAGCUGUUUUACACACACACACACACACACACACACACACACACACACACACACACACACACACACACACACUCAGACACACACAUGCAUUCAAAGGCACUCAGUUUUACAGGGUGGAAGUUUGGAAUUAGGUGUCCAUUCAGGAAAAAUCCGUAGACAUAGGGGAUGGGAUUAACCUUUUAGACAUUUGUUCCUCUUCUGCCACCUGAAACCAGGCACUGAGACUUCAGCUUGCUAGGGCCGCAUUUUUAGACUAUUUCUUAGGAUCAUUUGAUCUAAGUUGGAACAGUUCUUUGAAAAUGAUUUUGACAAUGUCUUUCUUAGUGUUAUUUGUUUUGAUUAUGUUGUCAUACUUUUGGAAAAAAAAGAAUCACAUGAAUAAAAUAUACUCAGACACUCAGGUAUGUGAAAAGAGGUUGCACUUACAAACAGCUGUGUCCAAUGGAAUGGUUGGAUUUGGGGAUUGUUGUUCUUGUUGUUUGUUCUUAGUAUAAUUUUCAUUUACUUGAAUUUAUGGCAAGUGUUUACAUUUGCUAUUAAGUGACUAAAACUAAAGUAUUAUGACAUUUAAUGUUUAGUAAUGAUUCAAUAAAUAAACUGGCAGUUAAGAAAUCAAGUUACAUCAGUGAUGACAAGGUGCAGUGUACAUUCCACUACUCAUGUAGAAGAUGCCUGCAGCAAAAUUGACCAAAUGAAGGAUGAGGGUGACAUUUUAAAAUAUAAAAUAUUUUUACCAUAAUGGCCUCACUCUUCACAAUCGAGGCACAUUCUUUCCUAUAUGUUCAACAUGUCACCUCAUUUCUUGUUUAAGGGCUCAUAUGAUGUUACCUCAAGCAGUUGAUUUACCCUUUACAUAAAUACCACCAAAACUGAAUGGUGAGACGGACAAAUAUGGAGUCUUUUACUGCGUAAAACUGUCACAAGAAAUGCAGUUAAGUAUAGUAUUUGUAGGUUUUGAAUAACUUAUACAGUAUUAAAUAUGUCAUUAUAAGAAUGUGCUUAAAAUUGGACUAUAGAACAGGGGUGGGGUCUAUGGGUGGUAGGAUGUUAUUUUCAGCACUACCCUUCAACAAAUGAACUGGGUGACAAAAAUAAUAAAACAAACAGAUUCA